AUGUUAGCAUGUUCUCCAGAUGAUGCUGAAGCACAACCAGGUGUAGUACUUUCCAGCAAGAUACAGAAUGGUGGGAAAUCAGAACAGAUUGUACUGCUGCUAGACGAGUAUCAUGUGUCCCUCUAUAACCUGACUAGAGACCCACAGGGCUCAGAAAAAUGGCUAAGCUACUGUGCUCAGACACAGGCCCUCUUUUUUUCUGGACAGAGUCUCGCAGCAUACAUGGCAAAGAAAUAAGACAAGAAGAAUGUCUUCUUAUCUUGUGAUAUUAUCAAAUAUUUAUUUCUUUUGUGUGUGUGUGAGAAUGUCCACAUGCACGACCCACAUUCAACCAUGAAAGACCUCCAAAAGAGGAAGCAUCAUUCCAUAAUUAAUGGAAUACACUGGCUAUUAGCUGUCAUUGGGAAUAAAUAUGAGUAAUUGAGUAUAAGAUCAAGGACCAAAAAUAAUGUAUCAAUAACAUUUGCUUUAGAAGAACCCAUGGAAGAAGGUAAAUGUUCUAGGAGGAAUUGA